GCGUGGGGCGCGAGAGAUGGAGCCUUGCGGAGGACACCGAUUUUCGGGAUAAAGGCCCGAUCUGCAGGAAAAUGGGGGCCGAGUGAUGUCAAGGGAUGGACACGUAGGGGCCCCCAGCGCGUUCCGGGAGGCCGCCUAUGCCCCGCGGUAAUUGUACGGGACCAUCCGUUUCCCCAGGCGAGGGCUCCGGGUCUUUGUGACCCACUCUCCUCGCCCGGUGCCGGUUCGGCGCCGCAGAAAUCACAGGCGGGGCAGUGUGUCCCCGGAGCCGGGGAGAGGGACGCGCGGAACCCCGCUCGGCCCACGCGGCAGCGGCAAACACUUUGGCGUGGCUGAGGCGUGGCCGGGCGCUAGGCCACGCCCCUCUUUGCCAAUUCCCUCCACUCCGCGCUCUGAUUGGUCCCGAGGGUGGCCAAUGAGCGCUCAGAUCGAGGUCCCUACCCUGAGCCUGACUCGAAAGCUUCUGCCAAAACUUUGGGAGUUUUUAGAGAGGAGUUUUUUUCCCCCCUCUUAUUACUUUUUUUUUUUUUUUAAACUAACGGAUUAUUAUUGUUGUUGUUUUAAAUUUAGCUCUUAGGGCUUAGCUCUUGGGGUUUUUCUUUCGGUGCCCGGCCCCUGUCUCCCCGGCUUCCCCGGCGUGUGCGGAGCCGCCCGCCACCGCGCCAGCGCCCCUCGCUCGCCUCCAGCCCGCGGGGCGCGCGGGUCCCGCGCCGCCUUCCGCGGCACCAGGGCCGACUGUGACCCGCCGGAUCCGACCCUCGCCUCCCCCCCUCGGAGGUGCUGGGGCUCCCUGGCUUCUCUUCGGAGCGGACGGAGAACCGAAAGCGGAUCGUCCUCGGCCGGGCGGCUGCCUCCUGCUGGACUAGGCGCGCCCCUCCCCGCGCGCGCACCCACCCACCCAUCCACCCGGCCCAGCCAGGCCGCGGCGGCCGCCGCCGGGCGCACCCCGCCAGGAUGUUCGCCGCCGGGCUGGCUCCCUUCUACGCCUCCAACUUCAGCCUCUGGUCGGCCGCUUACUGCUCUUCGGCCGGCCCGGGCGGCUGCUCCUUCCCGCUAGACCCCGCCGCCGUCAAGAAGCCCUCCUUCUGCAUCGCGGACAUCCUGCACGCCGGCGUCGGGGAGCCGGGGGCGGCCCCGGAGGGCCUGGCUGGAGCCUCGGCCGCUGCCCUCACCGCGCACUUGAGCUCGGCUCACCCGCACGCCUCUUUCCAAGCCGCCGCCAGAUCCCCGCUUCGACCCACCCCGGUGGUGGCGCCCUCCGAAGUCCCGGCUGGCUUCCCGCAGCGACUGUCCCCGCUAUCGGCCGCCUACCACCACCACCACCCGCAGCAGCAGCAGCAGCAGCAGCAACAACAACCACCACUGCAGCAACAGCCUCCACCUCCUCCCCGGGUGGCGGGCGCCUUGCAGCCCCCGGCCUCCGGGGCGCGGGGGGUCCCCAACCCUCACCACAGCGGCUCGGCCCCAGCCCCCUCCAGCAAGGACCUCAAAUUUGGAAUUGACCGCAUUUUGUCUGCAGAAUUUGACCCGAAAGUCAAAGAAGGCAACACGCUGAGAGAUCUCACGUCCCUGCUGACGGGCGGGCGGCCCGCGGGCUUGCACCUCCCGGGCCUGCAGCCCUCGGCCGGCCAGCUCUUCGCAUCUCUAGACCCUAUUAACGAGGCUUCUGCCAUCCUCAGCCCCUUAAGCUCCAACCCGAGGAAUUCAGUCCAGCAUCAGUUUCAAGACACGUUCCCAGGUCCCUAUGCUGUGCUCACCAAGGACACUAUGCCCCAGACCUACAAGAGGAAGCGCUCAUGGUCACGGGCCGUCUUCUCCAACCUGCAGAGGAAAGGCCUGGAGAAGAGGUUUGAGAUUCAGAAGUACGUGACCAAGCCCGACCGGAAGCAGCUGGCGGCGAUGCUGGGCCUCACGGAUGCUCAGGUGAAGGUGUGGUUCCAGAACCGGCGGAUGAAGUGGCGGCACUCCAAGGAGGCGCAGGCCCAGAAGGACAAAGACAAGGAGGCGGACGAGAAGCCGGCGGGCGGAGCCCCCGCCGCGGACGGCGAGCCGGAGGAGGAGCGGAGCCCCAGCCGCUCGGAGGGCGAGGCCGAGAGCGACAGCAGCGACUCGGAGUCCCUGGACAUGGCCCCCAGCGACACGGAGCGGACUGAGGGCGCCGAGCGGUCCCCGCACCAAACCACCGUCAUCAAGGCUUCGGUGGCCGGCGCGCUCGUCCCCGCCAGCAGCGUGGGGAGCGGGAGCAGCGGCAGUUUUAGCUUCAGCGGCCUGAGCAGCAGCAGCAGCAGCAGCACCGGCACGGGGAUCGCCAGUAGCUUGGGCAGCAGCGGGGGUGGCCUGGCCCCGGAGCUGCUCCCUGCGCCCCAGCCCAGCCUCUGCAGCGCCCCCAAAAGCCCGGAGCCCGCCCAGCCGCCUCUCGGAGGCCCGUAGACUGGACCAGGGCGCAGGGGACCCGUCUACGCGGCUGGAUCUCGUGCCUGCUCUAUGGUGCUGGCCGCGGGGACAGGGCCAGAGACGCAUCGGUGGAGCCUCCUUCGCCAGGGUCGCCUGCUGCCCCUCGCUGGCCGCCUGGGGCACCCCCUCCUCCCCCGUCGGACACUUCUCCCCGGAUACAAGCAGCUCACACUGUGACGUGUGACUCCGCAGUGCCUUCCUGCGCUAGGGGGUCGCAAAGACGUGCUGCACUUAGGACGCCACAACCUUGUAAAUAAAAUGUUUACUACGGUUUGUAAAGAAAGGCUGCGUGGCUGGCACAAGGUCAGGGAUCUCUGCGCUGGGCCUUAGCUCCGGGCAGCAGGUCACAGCGGCU